AAAACUUGGGGCAGUAUUAAGUAAAACGUUAUAAGAAGCAAACGUUAAUUAUGCUGUUCUUCUAAUAGCCUGGAUGUGUCAGCCUAUUAAAUGGCAAGUAAAAAAAAAAAAGGGGAGAAAAAUACUGUUUGGAACUUUAAUUGGAAAAAUAAGGGUCUGGGAAAAUAUAACAGCAAGCUGAAGGAAAAGGAAACCUAAUUAACCUUCCCUUGUCUGGACCCCGAAAGGAAAUAAUCCCUCUGUGUUCCUGCUUUCCUGGAGGAUGCAGCUCCAUGUGACACCCCUGCACAGCCCUUGGACCUGCUUCUCCACAGGUACCACCGACAGCGUCAGCUCCUGCUAGCUGAGCUGGAGCGUCUCUGGCUUUGCUGACAGGCUGUGCCGUGUCGCUGGUGAGAUGUGAAUCCCAACACUCGACUUGCUCCGUUUCUGGCAAGGUUGGGAACAGCCUUUGAGAUGGCUGCAGUGGAGAAGGUUGAGGAGCAGCUCGCGAGUCUGCGCAUAGCCAAGCGCUCUGCGCCGAGCCAGGAACCUGCUUACCUGCUGGACAUCGACCUUUCCAGACCUGCUCAGUCUGAAAACAGUCGCUUUGUGGCAGUUUCCUGUUCCAAUAAGUCCAUUAGGGUGUACAACAGGGAAACAUUACACUUCCUGAGGGAGUACAACAGCCAUCCCGGGAUACUCAGUGGGGUCAGAUUCGCACGCGCGUGUGACAGCGCGGUGUUCUCAGCCUGCAGUGACGGCACAGUGAAAUGCUGGGAUGUUCGUUCAGCCACUCAGAAACCUGUGCAGGUAUUCAGUGGAUAUCCUUCCAACGUUUUCAUCAGUUUUGAUAUCAAUUGCAGUGAUCUCAUCGUUUGUGCUGGGACAGAAAAAGUUGAGCAGGACACGUUUCUGGUGUUUUGGGAUGCAAGAGGCAUUACAGACUGUGCCAGCUCAGCUAAGGAACCCUUGGGAGUCUAUUCUGAAAGUCACAAUGAUGACAUCACUAAAAUCUGUUUUCAUCCUGUUGAACCCAAUUUGGUAGUUUCUGGGUCAACCGAUGGAUUGGUCAAUGUGUUCGACAUCAACAAGGAUAACGAAGAUGAUGCUUUGAUAUCAACUUGCAAUUCAGAUUCAUCAGUGAGUUUUAUUGGCUGGUCUGGGAAAGAUUAUAAACAGGUCUACUGCCUGACACAUGAUGAGGGAUUCUGCUGGUGGGACACGGCUCAGCUGGACACCGAGGAACCAAUAACACUGUUGCAUGUCCUGGAUGUCAGAGACUCGGUCUGCGCUGAAAACCAGAGCCUGCACUACAUGGUGGGGGGCUUGUACCACGAAAAGGCAGAGAAACUCUUCCUUAUUGGGGGAACCUCCACAGGAAACAUCCACCUGAUCAGCUGUGGCACCGAUGGGCUGAGCCUGGUGGGGACCCUCAGCGGGGGCCACUCUGCCACCGUUCGCUCCUUCUGCUGGAACCUGGCGGAUGAGUCUCUGCUGACGGGUGGAGAGGAUGCUCAGCUGUUGCUAUGGAAACCCGGAGCUGUGGAAAGGUCCCUCACAAAGAAGGCAUCUCUGAAGAUUGCUUCUUCCGUGCAGAAGAGAGUGAGAGUUCACAACAGCUCCCUCAAAAGCAGGAAAAAGUAAAAUGCUGGAAGUGGGAAUCUCUGCUGUGUCGAGUUCUGGUGUUUCAUCUCUCAGGCAAUGCUUGGCUGUGCUUUAUUUGGAGGUAUUCUGUGGAAAGAACUAUGGUGCUUGAAUUCCCCCGGGAAUGUAUUUCAGUCAUCAGAAGAAUGUCUCUUAUUUUUUUAAAGUUGCUAAUGUUAAUCAGAAAAGAGUAAACGUCUGCUCUUGAGUUCUCCAACAACAGAUGUUAAAUCAUAUUAUGUAAAACUGUUUCUCUGGUUAAUUAACGUCUCAGGCAAUGUUUUAAAUGUGUAAUAUAGGCCUGUGGCUUGCAAAGUUUGUUACCUUCCCAGUGAAAUUCCCUGGCACACUUAAAAAGCUUUUGUAUUUCAUGCUGUAUUUUGCUUCCUUUACAGGAAACAUAAUGAAAUUGCUCAAUUUAGUAAAAGAUUUUAUGUCACAUCUUAAUGCUUGAGGGAAUUACUUAUUGAUGAAACAGAAAAUAAGUAGUUUUGCACUGUCACAUCACUGGUUUAGAACGAGCUCAUAAGGAAGGAGUUUAUAGAGCCAUAUUUUUCAUAGCAGAUAUGAAUGUAUUCAACCAAAGAGGAGCACAUGAUUCCAAACAGCUAAUUUGUAUGUGUAUGAGAACUAUUAAACUGGCAUUAUUUAGGGCAUGUUUCCUGCAUGAAAAUACCCAAUAAUCUUGUAAGCAGCUUCAUUCUGUCAUGGUAAGUGCACCUGGAAGACUGGGGAGAUCUUUGGUGGGUUAAAGACAUCGACAGGUGUAAUUAUACCAGUGGUGCUUAAAUCCCAAAUCCUGACUUUUGAAAUAAGCUGGUAUCACAUGCUAAGUGGGAAUGUUGUCCUGGAGUUCAGAAAUGGUUUCUGAGGUACAGAAGAUACCUCUGGUGUAUGGUUACAGCUGUGCUGAAGAUGCCUUAAUCAUCUGUGGAAGUGAAGCCUUUUCAACCACAAGUAUUGGGUUUCCACACAGUGUUUCACAAACUGUUAAGGUCCUUUAGCCACAACUGUGAAUCCAUUGUUGUUUUGGCUUUGCCCAUUGGUGAUAAUUAAGAUGAGUCACUUGUUUUUGUUACUGCUGGUUAUUUAAAAGUGCAGCUUCAAUUUAAAAAUCACAUUUCUCUAAACCUUUUUUUUUUCCUAUUACUUUUGUAAAUUCAAGUUACCCCCAACAUCCACAUCUUUUCAAAUGCCUUUCAGAUGAGUUUGUGCUAUUUUGAGACAAGGUGGGCAGCAAGUCUCAGGACUACAAUACACUUGGAUCAUGUGCCCUCUCCAGAUUUACUCUUGACAGGUCACUGGCUGUUUCUGUGGAACACACAGUUCUGUAACUGAGUGGACCAGAAGCUUCAGACUCCUCUGCUUCACUGUAAUGCCCUCACGGGCCUGAAUUGGUUCGGUACCAAGUUGGGGGUGGGGAACCAAAGGAUGAUUCUGAGACCUGUUUCAUUGCAGGUACAAUAUACAAAUUACUUUUUAGAUGUUUAUCCACUCUUUCCCUGGUAUCUUGACACAGUGGAGUCGAGUCAUUGGAUCUGUUUGACGCUUGAUUUCUUGAAGGCAGUUUUGUGUUCAGAUAGAGAAAUGCACAGAGAGGGAGCUUGUGGUGGUCUCCACUUGCUUUCAAGUGUCUGUUGAGUGAAAUUCAGUUGUGCUCUGCCAGCUGUCUCUGAACUAAAACAGCAGAGAUGGGAGUUCCCUUACCAAAGUUUGCAGUAUGCAGCCCUAUCUGUUACCUUGUUUCUGAAUUAGGUGGGUAUCGAUUUGUUCUGUAUCAGUGACAGUUAAAGUCGUGAUUUUCCCUGUGAAGCUGAUUUCUCCCUUUUAUGUGCACAACGGAAAUAGCAACAGAAGGGGUAAAACACGUGUAUGUAUCUUAAAAUUCUGCCAGAGCACAGCAGCUCUCACGAGACUCAGGGUUGUGUUGCCUCUGAAAAUACUUGAUUUUGUUGUUUUUCUUCUGUGUUGACUCAGUUUCAGGUUAAUACCCAUAAAAUAAACAUAGAUGGAAACCACAUGUGAACAAGUGAUCAGCAUUGCUUGGUUCUGUAAGCUGCAAACACUGUUUCAUAAACCACAGAGCACUGGCAGAAUCCAUAUGUGAUCACAUAAAUAAUAAUAAUACACUUGAAGUUAGGCAGGUUAACUUGUCUGGCUGUAUUUAAUCUCUUAUUAUUUUGAUGUCUGUAAGUUGGCUUCAGCAUUUUUAAGAAACUUAAAAUCAUGGAAUCAGAGAAUGGUGCAGCACCUUGCACUUGGCCUUGUUGAAUGCCACAAGAUUCCCAUCUGGAGCUUGCCCAGGUCUCUCUGAGUGGCAUCUCGUCCUCCAGGAGUGUCAACUGCAUCACUCAGCUUGGUGUCACCUGCAGACUCGCUGAGGGUGCAUUUGAUAUCAUUAUUGAAGUUACUAACCAGUACUGGUCCCAUUACAGACUCCUGAGGGACCCCACUGACCUCUGGACACUGAAUUGCUGACCACUACCCUCUGGAUGUGACAAUCUAACCAAUUCCUGACCUGUUGAACAGUCCAUCCAUCAAAUCCAUAUCUGUCCAAUUCAGAGAAAGUUGAUGUGGGGGACUGUGUCAAAGGCCUUGCAGGACUCCAGACCUGACCUUUAUAAAACUUACGUAAUUGAAACUAUGUGCAAGUAGCAUUCGGAAAUCAUCACUGUGUGAAUUGUUUAACCCCAGGGGAAGCUUUAAUUCCGGAAGCAGGAUCAGAUUUCUUUUCCAGUAAAUGAGAAGCAAAAAUCCAGACAGACUACUUAAAUGCAGAAAACAGUGUCCAUCUUUAUUCUGAGUUGAUAGUAAACCCGUUGUACGAUAUAUUUGAGUAGCAGGAGAUUAUCCUGCUCUGAACACAUGAAAAUAAACUUAUUUGCAUUUGGCACAUUAUUAAAUUUA